AUGAGCGCGGACGCGCUCCCGUACUGCCCUCCGUCGACGGCGCCAGACCCUCUCGAGACGGAGGUCGCCCAGGCGCGCAAGCUCGUUCUGCGCGCGCUCGACGCCAAGAUAGCGAUCCAGGAUGACGCGACUGCGCUCGGAGCCAUCCGGCUCGCGCUCAAGCUGGCGGGCAACAUCCUCGAGCACCCGGACGAGGGCAAGUACACGCGGAUCAAGAACAGCUCCGCCGCCUUCCAGCGCUGCCUCGCAAAGUGCCCCGGCGGCCUCGAGCUCGUCAUGGCGAUGGGUUUCCGCACGGUCGUACACGAGUUUGAAGAGUUCUGGGCGGUGGAGGUGUCGCCGCUCGCGCUGAGCAUCCUGGCGGCCGCGAGGGAGGGGCUCGCGCGCUACGAAUCGCUCGUCGCGGGCGGAGAGGGCGCAGCGAGCGCGGCUCGAGAAGGUGACGGGGAGCAGCGAGCAGCGGGACCGGGAGUGCUCGCGGACAUCGAGGCAGACAAGGCGGAGCGGAGGGAGCGAGCAGCGCUCAUGAGGCGCGACGUCGACGCAUCGCCGCCGCCGCGAGGGGGAGCGGCGAACGGCGAGGCGGGGCGGGAGGGGCUCGAGGGAAAGGAGGCGCAGGCGGAGGCGGAGGCGGAGGCGCACGAUCAGGAUGCGGAGGGCAAUGGCGACGAUGCUCCCGCCCUCGAUCCCGCACUUGAAGGGUCGGAGGAGUGCGCGCGCCGAAGUGAGGCCGCUUGA